CGUAAUGAUCAUAACAUUGCACUAUUUUUACAUGCACAGACGAGACGAGGAUUUCGAUUUGGGGAAAACUUUUGUACGUUGGAAUUUUGUGAUUUCUUCUAAGGUUUGUUUACUGGAAAGUCGCCAUGGAUGAGGAGGAUGAAUAUAUAUUGGGUGAGGAAGACGUCGAGGAGGAUGAAAUGGAGUCCAGUGACUUUGAAGGGCACUUUGAAAUGGACGAUGAUGAAGGUUCUUCGCAACGGGAUCAAAUUGAAGAAGACGACUUUCAUUACGAAGUGCUAACGCCAGAUGACAAUGUACAACUCAUGGUCGAUACAAUUCGUGAAGUUAAUGUUGUUGUUCAAAUUCCAGCCACAAUCACAAGAAUUCUCCUGAAUCACUUCCGAUGGGACAAGGAGAAACUCAUGGAGCGAUUCUACAGCGAGGACCAAGACAAACUCUUCAGCGAGGCUCACGUUGUCAGUCCCUACAAGAAAACUCCGGUCAGGCAUUCGUCUAGGGUAGCUACGCGAUCUUCAGGUCCGGUCCUUGAACCCUGUGAUAUCUGCUGUCGGAAUAUAAUAAGCACGAUGAUGACAGGCUUGGAGUGUGGGCACCGAUUCUGCAUGGACUGCUGGACGGAAUACCUGACCACCAAGAUCAUGGAAGAAGGAAUGGGCCAGACAAUAUCCUGUGCAGCUCAUAGUUGUGACAUCCUAGUAGACGACUGCACCGUAAUGAAACUAGUCAAGGAUGCCAAAGUCAAGUUAAAAUACCAGCACCUGAUAACAAACAGCUUCGUAGAGUGCAAUCGGCUGAUGAGGUGGUGUCCGGCACCAGACUGUCCCAACGCGUUCAGGGCUAGCCAUCUAGAGGUCCGGCCGGUCACCUGCAAGUGUGGUCACAUAUGCUGUUUUGUGUGUGGUGAAAACUGGCACGACCCUGUCAAAUGCAAGUGGCUGAGGAAAUGGAUCAAAAAAUGCGAUGACGACAGCGAAACGUCCAACUGGAUAUCGGCCAACACGAAAGAGUGUCCGAAGUGUCAUGUGACCAUCGAGAAAGAUGGGGGAUGCAACCACAUGGUCUGUCGCAACCAAAACUGUAAGGCUGAUUUUUGUUGGGUCUGUCUCGGUCCAUGGGAGCCGCACGGAUCAUCGUGGUAUAACUGUAAUAGAUUUGAUGAGGAAGAUGCCAAAAAAGCCAGGGAUGCCCAAGCUAGAUCAAGACAAGCAUUAGAGCGUUACUUAUUCUACUGUAAUCGCUACAUGAACCAUAUGCAGAGUUUACGCUUUGAAAAUAAGCUGUACUCCCAGAUCAUGAAGAAAAUGGAAGACAUGCAGCAACACAACAUGUCCUGGAUUGAGGUACAGUUCUUGAAGAAAGCCGUCGACGUCUUAUGCCAGUGCCGAUCCACGCUCAUGUAUACCUACGUAUUCGCCUUUUAUCUCAAGAAGAACAACCAGUCGCUCAUAUUUGAGGAAAACCAGAAAGAUUUAGAGAAUGCCACGGAGAUGCUAUCGGAAUACCUGGAGAGGGACAUUAGCAGCGACGCACUGGCCGACAUCAAACAGAAGGUCCAGGAUAAAACAAGGUACUGUGAAAGUAGGAGGAAGGUUCUACUAGAACACGUCCACGAAGGCUACGAGAAGGAUUUAUGGGAAUACUACGAGUAGAGAAAUAACCACAUGCAGCUCUUCCACCGUACAUAGCCAACCCCUCCCCUAUCCCCCUCCCCUUUUGUUCAACACUAGCCACGCCCACCCCUAGGGCCUUGGUUGAAUGACAGGUGUUUUUUCCUUUUUCUUUUUCUUUUUUGCUGUUCAUAUCAGAGUAGUUUUUAUCACAAUUACUAAAAACCUCUUGAAAUGGCACGUGGGACCUCGUAUCCGAUUUUACCAAAAACCAACGAUACCACAAAUCGCCCUUUACUACAUCAGAGGGUUUGUGCAUAGUAAUGUAAGAUACGUUGUUCAUUUGUAAAAAUGACUCUCAAGUAAAGACGAAUUUAUAAUAAAUUCUUUAUGGGACGUUAUGGCGUGAAUAUGAUUCCAUUUCAUAAAAUAGCUGUAAUACCUUCCUUUUCCUUGGUCAGUGCCUGUUAGUUUUUCAUCUGUGGUCAAGUUAUAAGACUUUUUAUGACAGAAAGGUCUUUCCCUCUGUUUUUACCAUAUCUGGAACAUGGAACAUAUCAGUAAUGUCGCUCGCAGCUACGUACCAGGAAAUUGUAUAUAGUUUAACGAAGGUAUACUUCGAAUAAACAGCAGUGUUUUACCCAAGAGAGCGUUGAGCUGACGGGACAAUGAAAGUAACUUGGAUGAAACAUAUCAAUAUGAAUCAUUCAGAAAUAAGAAGGUUUUGCCUUGAAAAGUUUCAGUUGUUUAUCUUUCGAGGAAUAUCUCAAUACAAGGCUGCUCAGCAUAAGUUUGGACGCUUGUACUAAUAAAAGUAAACAAUUUGUGAAACCCCCCCCCAAAAAAAAAAACCAAUUAAAAAAAUUGAAAAACUGACUAAAUCAACCUUUAAUAAUCUGGAUUCCUUAUGUUCAAGUGAAAAAUUCCUGAUGACCAAAAAACAAAAGUCUUUUUCAAUUUGGGCGAUUCACAAUACAGUGCGCCACCAAGAGUUUGCCAUGGAGUCCAUUUUUCAAGUUUACGGUCAACAAAACACGGCCCAUUUGAACGAGUGUCAGUAGACAACUUGUGCUAAUUUGUUAUAGAUUGGGGCGUAACGUUUGCCGCCUUACGAAAUACACCAUAUUGAUAAAAAGAAAAGAAAAGGGCAAACAGAUACUCGAAUCAUACGCUUAUGAAACUUCUGACCUGAAAAACUAACAAUUUCAAAUGGCCCGCACUUCUCCCACAAUGCACUGGGAAAAAUGAACUCUCCACGGCAAACUCUUGGUGGCGCACUGCAUUGUGAAUUGCCCGAAUUGCAAGUGAAAUCAUUUCAUUGCCUAUGUAUCUUUUGCUGCAUAAUAACCAUUCUGUUUUUGGUUUUAGUUUUUCCACUAUCUUUCAUUUUUUUUCCACACCACCACAAGCACAAAAAUGAAUUGAACAAGUGCAACUAACAAGCUAAAAUGUCAGGAAAAUGAAGCAUUUCUCGUAGAAACUUCAUUCAAAGAUUGAAGCUUGAAAUAUGUUUGUUUGGGUCUGUAAACCACAGUUGCUAGAAUUUCUGUUCACAUGCCUUCAGCAUCAACAGUUGAUCACAAUUGCCGUUGUGUGUCAUGUGAUGACUUUGUCAUGUGACUAGUCAUGUGGCUUUCAGAUCACAUGAUACGAUGAGAAGCUGUAAACAGUGACACAAUUUGUUGGGUCCUUUUUUCGAGUAUUAAUUCUUUGCCCCUCUUGGGAAAUCGACAGUUAUAAUGGGCAAACUUUUUGUGGGAAUCAAAGAUGUUUGUGACAUUUUUGUGACUAAAUAGCGUCCUCUGUGUGUACCUAUCUCACAAACCGACCUUGGACAAGGCGUGGAGACAUGUUUGUAAAACUUGAAAGUAAAUUUAGAGUACAAAAC